AGGAGGAGGAGGAGGAGGGGAGGGCGCAGCCGGCACCGCGCACCGGCCGCCGGGGCUGGCCGGGGCGCCGGGGGGCUAUUGUGUGCGCCGGGCGGGGACGCACGCUUGCACACGCGUUCCCCCCCCCCCCCCCGUUUGCACACUCGUUUGCACACUCACCACCAGCACCCCCCCGCGGCUCGGGAGGACAAAUAUCGCGAGAGCGGCCGGCGACCAACCUGCUCCGCAGCCCCGCCGCGCCGCCGCGCCCGCGGAGCCCCCGCGCAGCGCCCGCAUGCAGCCGCGCAGCCCCGCCGCGCCUCGGUUAUGAAGGAAGAAUGGAGUUUCCAGACCAUAGCCGCCAGUUGCUGCAGUGUCUGAGUCAGCAGCGUCACCAGGGCUUCCUGUGUGACUGUACUGUUUUAGUUGGAGAAGCUCAAUUCAGAGCUCACAGAGCCGUUCUUGCCUCUUGCAGUAUGUACUUCCAUCUUUUCUACAGGGACCAGUUAGACAAAAGGGAUAUUGUGCAUCUGAACAGUGACAUUGUCACAGCCCCUGCCUUCAGCCUGCUGCUCGAAUUCAUGUACGAGGGAAAGCUGGAAUUCAACAGUCUCCCGGUGGAAGAUGUGCUGGCUGCGGCUAGCUACCUCCACAUGUAUGACAUUGUGAAAGUCUGCAAGGGCAAGUUGAAAGAUAAAGAAUUAUGUCCGGAGGAGAAGAUUAAUGAUGAGGUGGCCGGUUUGGAGAAAGCGGAGCAUUUUCUAGACGCCGGAGCGCCCCUGGUCCACGAGUUUGACCCAGGAAACAAACAAAAAUUCAGCGUUGCAGAAUACGACAGAGCGGCAGGCAAAGAAAAGGUCAGCAGUCACCCCGCCUGGUCCUCUGAUCAUAUAAGUGUCAGCUCUGCGCCGACAGAGGCAGAAUCGUGCGCCGCAGCAGCUGGAAAAACAAAGGCUAAUGUCAAUAGUUCCACAGGACCUUUGUCCCAAAGGUCUGUUAACCAUACCCUGGCUUCGGGUGAUGUGGACUGCGCGCUGGAUUUGUCUUUCAAGCCCGUGCCGGGGAGAGAUUCCUUACACCCCUCCUAUGUCUUUGGACAGCUGGCUUCCGACAGCCAGCAGCAGGGUACCGAGCCACUUGUUAAAGAUGAACAAGACUUGCUGUCAGAUCAGGAGGACAGCGAAGCCAGGAGUCCGGAGAGUCAGCAUUUUGGGAAUUCAGCCAAAAGCCUAGUGACAGGGUUAGGACACAUGUUCGCGGGGAAUGGCAGCUCUCAUGCCCGAGAGGAGGAUAUAGAUCAAGACCGAGACGAGAGCGAGGAUGACAUGGAUUCGUCGGACAUCUCCUCGGGCGUGCUCGUGCCUCCCGGGCAUAUCUGCAUUUGCCCCCUGUGUAGCAAGGUGUUCCCGAGCCCGCACAUCCUCCAGCUGCACCUCAGCUCCCACUUCCGCGACAAGGACGGCUCGCGGACCCGGCUGUCGCCCGACGGCUCGGUGCCCACCUGCACCCUCUGCGGAAAGACUUUCUCCUGCAUGUACACCCUCAAGAGACACGAGAGGACUCACUCGGGCGAGAAGCCCUAUACCUGCGGCCAGUGCGGAAAGAGCUUCCAGUAUUCCCACAACCUCAGCCGCCACGCGGUUGUGCACACCAGGGAGAAGCCCCACGGGUGCAAGUGGUGCGAGAGACGGUUCACGCAGUCGGGGGAUUUAUACAGACAUAUCCGCAAAUUUCAUUGUGGCCUUGUAAAGUCCUUGGUGGUUUGAGACGCGUCGUUUUUUCUCCUUUCCCCCGCACCCCCCGGCCCUUUUAAAACAAAACAGGAAAAAAAGGCAGCAUCUGAAUUUUCUUUUUUUUUUUCCUUUUUUCUUUUUUUCUUCCUUUAUUUUGGUGAUAUUCACUUCAGGUAUAUGAUCUUUAAAAGAUGCAGAGGUAUACACUCCAGAGGCCUUUUAAUGCAAUCCUUCCACCUCUCCAUCUCCCCCGUCCCUUGCCUCCUUCCCUUCAGGUCUUCUCUUGUGCACCCAUGCUACAUUAUUAAUGUGAAAUGACCUAAGUAAUUCUGCAAUGAUUUAGUAUCUGUUUUCAUGCUGGAAGUACUUGCUUCGUGGUCAGGGUGUGUUUUUUGUGUUUUUUUUUUCUUUUUAUUUUUAGUUUGAAGAAAGAUUGCUUAUAAGUAGAUUCCGGAGAAAUACUUGGAUUCCAUUAAGCUUCCCUGAUGCCGUCUGCGUAGUGCGUAGAAACAUCCGAAGAGACGACCGAUGGCUUAAACACAUUUCAGCGUAGGGAAAUUUCUCUGCGUGUAUCUCUAACAGGCUGUAGUCUUAUUUCAUAGAGCUGGAAGAGACCUCAAAUUGGCCCAAAAGAUAAAGGGGAAGGGGGGAGAAUUUCUGGAUACACCUUUGGUACUAGUCACUUUUUUGUUGUUGUUGUCGUUGGCUUUUUUUUUUUUUUAAUUAUGUUGGAAUAGUUCUGCAAUCAGUCCUGCAAUCUGAAUGAGAAGUUUUUGCCUCGAGGCUUGCCUUAGUUUCCCUUCCCACCCAUGCGCUCGCCUACAGCAGAGCACGGAGCUGCUUCGUGGCUUGAAAAAAGCCCGUCCACAGCGGCCUCGCUCCUCGGCUGCCGAGGGAUGUGCGCUAGCACGGGUCCGAAAUCCUGCACUCCGUGAACGUUUGCAUCCCCUCAUCGGUGUGCGGGGACAACCCCACUCCUGGUGCGAAGGUGGCAGCAGGGGAUUGUGUGGCUCUGGUGAUGGGAAGGGGCCAGCACCCCCUGUCUUGCCUUGGCCGGCUGCUGGGCUCCCCCUGCUCUGGGCACCCGGUGCUGAGCAUCCGAGGAGAUGCCCCUCUCGCUGUCUUCUCCGAGAAGUUUGCUGGGAGGCUGCCGUCGGCAGCUCACGGUUUUAUUUCUUGGUUUUUAAAUGAAGUUGGUAAUCCCUCUGGGCCCAGGUCCGUGCAAUCCCUGCUGCUAAGGGGCAGUUGGAAGAGGAAACGUUGGAGGGAAAGCGUGGCCUAACUUUUCCCCCCACCCUGCCGAAUCACCACCUUUCUCCGGGGAGGUUUUUGGAUCUUGGGGUGGUUUUUAUCUUUCACUUUUUAAUUAUUAUUGUUCGUGUUGUUGUUUUUUUUUUUUUUUUUUUUUUGUGAACUGAGGCUGCCUGUAACCAUAACCAGUUUUACUCCAAACACAGUAACUCAAUUACUUGCCUAAUAGAGCAUCCUUUGGGCUGUGCAUGUCAGUAAAUAUCGGAUUAUUCCUUUCCAGUCAAAUUAUCCAUUCAGGGUACAUGUAUGUGGGACUGAAGUAUAAUAAUAAUAUCCGAGGGUUUUGAAUGUCGUUCUGCUGCGUUACUGUUGCUUCACUAUCCUUCCUCACACUCCUGGAUUAUCUCUUUUGUGAAACAAGUGUUUAUUUUUAAAUGAACAUGAAGCACUGAAUUUGAUUUUUUUUUUUUUUUUUUUUUUUUAAGUUGUGCUUAAAAUACUGUAUUUCAUCUUAAAAAGAAAGAAUUGCCUAAUGCCUUCCCCUUCUGGUCCAAAACCUGAGCACUACCUACAUAAAUAAUAUGGGAUUUUUUUAUUUUAUUUUAUAAGUACUUCCUCUUAAAAAAAAAAAAAAAAUAGCAAGAUUGUUACAGCCUCCUCUUAUUCAUCUCUUAAACUAUGAAUGUACAUGUAAUGUGAAAUUUUGCUUCUAUUUAUAGUUUUGGGUUUUGUUUUCAGUCUAAUUUGUCUACUGUAAAAUAUUUUUGCUGAACCUGUUACAUAUGGAAGUUGUGGGAGAGUACUGUAUCUUGAACAUAAGUGGCUUUGGUACUGUGGUCUUAUUCUACUUAAUCAGCUUUUUCUUUUUUUUUCUCCUUUUUGCUGUGAUUGGAAAUAGCACUGAACAAAAUCUACUAAAAUUAAGUUAUUUUUCUUUCUACUAAAAUUAAGUUAUUUUUUUCUCCUGAAGAUACUUGAUAUAGUAUUUAUUAGAUUUUUUUUUUGAAGUGGAAUUAUUACUGUUAAUCUAUUUCAAAACUAGUUAAUUUACACUUUACUUUAAAUUUUAUAACAAUGUUUUUGCAUGUUGAACAACAUGUAAACAGUUUAAUGUAGAGUCAGCAUUACUGAAGCUGAUAAUCUCUUAAUUUUGCAUUUUUGUGACACUCUUUGCAUUUCAGUCUUCAGUUUCUGUUUGUUUUUUUUUUUUAAGAUCAUAAAAUAGGAUGUGCCAUAAGACAUCGCUAGUGUAUGGAGCAGGGAAAAGUUUAAACAAGUUUGUGUCUGAUGCUAGUAUAGGAAUAAUUCAUUAAACUGAUGCUAUGAGCAUGCUCUGUACUGCAGUGAAUAUGGGGCGAAAGUUUAAAAAAAAAGACUUUCUUAUUCUUUACUACAUCAUAAACACACUGUUCUCAUCGUCUGGUAUUUGUGUUCCCACUCCUCAUAGCUUGAAUUUCUAAAGUAAAGACGUUUGCACUUAUUUUUGUCCUUAAGGUGACUUUUUUUGGCUCUCUCUCUGUGUCUCCGAGUUGCAAUAGCUCUGAGCGUGUUUUCAAAGUGGUUUCAAAGCUCUACAGAGAAGUACUAAAAACAUUGCACACUUUGGCUUGUCUUUUCACAAACUGUUUCACUGCGGGGCAGUGGCCAUCCUGGUAGCGGAUGGUCCUGCGCCACAUUUUAAACACUGGAUUUGUCUUCUACUACAAACAAAUACUGUGAAGUUAAUGUAAAAAAAAAAAAAAAUAAUAAAAAAUCAUUGAUAUUUUUAAUUGUUUUUAAUCUUGGUGCAGUUCAGAUUAAAUAUGUAUAUUUAAAGACACUAAUUUUUGUGGGAGAGUUUUAUAGUAUACAGUAUGUAGAGAAGCUAUUGGAAUGGAAUAUAUUUUAUAAAAACGUUCUAUCACUGUUUUAUAGUGAACUAUUUUUCCUUCAGUGUUAGCGUGAUGCUGUUAGUCUAGAUAUGACAAUCGCAGAAGGAGUGAUUUAAGCUACUGUUAGCGCUUAGUUUUGCGUGGAGUUCUGUUUGCAACUGUAUUGGUAUGUGCUGUAAAUGUGACAAUCGUGACUAGGAUUGUUGUCUUUAUAAAUUUACACGAAAUAAAAUGUGCUAGA